AUGUCACAAGUUCACGUCAACGAAAAGACAGGUGUUGAUUCAGCCGAAGCCAAAGGUACUGAACAACAACCAUUUGCCACCGCCGCAUACGCCUUAUAUGUUACCCCAGGCGCCAAAGUAUUGGUUUACAAACAAUCAGAAGAAGAUGAAACUUUUUCAUACGUUGAAAUUUCCGCUUCUGCUUUAAAGAAAGCCGUCAAGGGUGCCGAAGGUUUAAAAAAGAAGGCCGAAAAGCAAGCCAAAUUAGAAGAACAACGUAAAUUAAAAGAACAAGAAGCUACCGCUAAACUUGCCGAAUUAGACUUAAUCAAGAUCGAAGAAGAUCCAAGUUUGCCCGCUGCUAAGAAGAUCAAGUUAAGAACCAUCCAAGACCACUUGGAAACCAGAGUCUUGGUUCAAGGUUGGAUCCAUCGUUUGAGAGUUCAAAAGGGUGUUGCUUUCAUCACUCUUAGAGACGGUACCGGAUUCAUUCAGGCCGUCUUAUCAGGUGAUUUGGCCAAGGCUAGACAAACUCAAGAAUUGACCUUGGAAUCCACCGUUGUUAUCAAGGGUGUCAUUUCUAAGUUGCCAGAAGGUAAGACCGCCCCAGGUGGUGUUGAAUUAAAGGCCGAUUACUACGAAAUCGUCGGCUUAGCCCCAUCUGGUGAUGAUGCAUUCACCAACAAGGUCCAAGAAAACGCCGACCCUUCCUUAUUAUUAGACCAACGUCAUUUGGCUUUACGUGGUGAAUCCUUAUCUGCAGUCAUGAAGGUUAGAGCUGCUUUCCUUGGUGCUGUUAGAAGAUUCUUUGCCGAAGAAGGUUUAUUAGAAGUUACUCCUCCAUGUAUGGUCCAAACCCAAGUUGAAGGUGGCUCUACAUUAUUCAAGAUGGACUAUUACGGUGAAGAAGCUUACUUGACCCAAUCUUCCCAAUUAUAUCUUGAAACCUGUUUACCAGCCUUGGGUGAUGUCUACUGUGUCCAAGAAUCAUUCAGAGCUGAAAAGUCUCACACCAGAAGACAUUUGAGUGAAUACACCCAUAUUGAAUCCGAAUUGGCAUUUAUAGAAUUUGAAGACUUGUUGUCUCAUUUAGAAAGAUUAAUCACCAAGACCGUCCAAUAUGUCUUGGAAGACCCAGUUACUGCUGCCCUUGUCAAGCAAUUAAACCCAAACUUCCAACCACCAAAGAUGCCAUUCUUGAGAAUGGAGUACAUCCAAGCCUUGGACUGGUUAAACGAACACGGCGUUCUUAACGAAGACGGCGAGAAGUUUAAGUUCGGUGAUGAUAUCGCUGAAGCCGCUGAACGUAAGAUGACCGAUACCAUCAACCAACCAAUCUUGUUGAUCCGUUUCCCAGUGGAAAUCAAGUCCUUCUACAUGCAAAAAUGUAAGGAUGAUCCAAGAGUCACCGAGUCCGUCGAUGUUUUGAUUCCAAACGUUGGUGAAAUCACCGGUGGUUCCAUGAGAACUUAUGACCACGACGAAUUAUUGGCUGGUAUUAAGAGAGAAGGAUUAGAUGCCGACGCUUACUACUGGUUCAUUGACCAAAGAAAGUACGGUACUUGUCCUCACGGUGGGUACGGUUUAGGUACUGAACGUAUCUUGGCUUGGUUAUGUGAUAGAUUCACCGUUAGGGAUUGUUCAUUAUACCCAAGAUUUUCCGGUAGAUGUAAGCCAUAG